UGUAAAUAUGCCCCGAUCUGUGCAAUAAACUCUCCAAUCGGAGUUUAAUGUUGCAUUAUGUGCAAAAAUACAAAAAACAUUAAAAAAGACUAGUUUAACCACAUCAAAUUUUCACUGCAGACAGUUUUUAUCACCUGUGAGACACAUGUUUGGUGGGGAGAAACUGUCAGUGAGGGGGGUACUUUGUGUUGAUUGGCUGCUGAGGGAGGGGGCAGCAUAUAAAGCCAGAUAAAUGAAGUUUCAUGGUCUCCUCUGACAAAUCAUCAAUAGCCAGGAACUUGUAGGCACACUCCAGUGCUCCCACCCACAGAACAUUUUACAGAAGUUAAAAGUUCCUUUUUCAUUUUACCAACAAACAGCGGGGCCUCGCUUCACUUUACACCCAUAGAACCGAAGGCCUCUCAAAACCAACCGGGGUGAAAAGAUAUACAAUAAGAGAGGAUAGGGAGAUUCAGGUUUUUUUUUUUCUGUUUUUUUGUUGAGCGAGAGGAAAUUUUGAAACAUUGUGCAAUGGUGCCGCAAAAGUUUUGAAAGCUUCUGACAGCGUUUUGCCAUCAAAGCAUCRGAGAGUCGGUUUGUCGGAGAAGAAGUCUCCAUGUUGCAUCCAUACAGAAUGGAGAGCUACCUCAUCCCCCCUCACACAGAAGAAAUGUACGAGUCUGACCUCUAUAGACAUCAAAUUGCAGAAUAUUACAACCCAUAUGUUUUAGACGCUGAUAUCCAGGCAGAUCACUGGGACUAUCACCCCCAUCCCCACGCGCACCCGGCAGAGUUCGAAAACCUCCAGGAGACCAACUUCACGGAGCUCCAGAGCGUCCAGGCCCUCCACGCGCCGGGCCUCAUACGACACGACGCCAUACGAUACGACGCAGAGAACCUGCUCGACCCAAACCUCGGCGCUCAUCCACACGUGCUGCAGCAACCAGUAGCGUUUUUUCCUCGGGCCUUGUAUCCGCCACACGUGUCCCAGCGCAGCUCCGACGACGAGGAGCAGGGRGGGCGGAGCCCCCCUCUGGAAGUGUCUGAUGAAGAGUGUUUGAGAGAUCGAGUACCUUACAUCACAUCAGGAGAGCUGGGUAAUAAAAAGAAGAUCCGUCUGUACCAGUUCCUCUUGGACCUGCUAAGAAACGGCGACAUGAAGGACAGUAUCUGGUGGGUGGACAGAGACAAGGGGACAUUCCAGUUUUCUUCCAAACACAAAGAGGCUCUCGCCCACCGCUGGGGAAUCCAGAAAGGAAACCGCAAAAAGAUGACCUACCAAAAGAUGGCRCGCGCCUUGCGCAACUACGGCAAAACUGGAGAGGUGAAAAAAAUCAAGAAGAAGCUGACGUACCAGUUUAGCGAUGAGGUUCUGGGGAAGAGUCAUCCGGAGAGGAAAGCGUAUAUUUAGGCAGAAGAAGUUGUUCUUGUUCAAACUGUYGAUACUUUUAAUAACAGUGCUAGGUCAGUAAAUAGCAUUAUAUAGUUGGCAGUGAUGCUGCUGUUCUGUGGGACUAAUCUGCUCAAGAAAAAGCUGCAUAAAACUUUUUUUAUCAGCCUUCCACGGUCUCCAAAGACUUUCCCRGUUUGGAUCUGAAGGAUAUCGCUCACUGUGGUUAAAAAAAACAAAACAAAAAACAAAAGGACCAGUUCUGGUUAUGAAACUAUGGAACAAAAAAAAGUCUAAAAUUUGUGAAACCAAAAAACAUAAUGUGAUUUAUUUUGUGAAUUUUUACACUUCUGUACAAAUCCUAAUUUUAACAUUGGAGCUCAAUACUUUCCAGUUUGAAAUGGAGCUACAGUGUCAAGGAGGUUAAGUCUAAUUCACACGUUCACAGAUCUUUGUUCCAGUUUUUAACCAGUUUGUUCCUUCGUAACAGCUGCAGCAGGAUGAACUGUUUCUAACUUAUCUUUGUAAAAUGAUGCAUUAUUUUUCGUGAGACCCUCUCAGUGACUGGUGAUUCAUCUGAAGGACCUGAAAAAAAGUGUUUCUUUUAACUGAAUGAGUCUCUUUUUUUUUGUCGGGUUUUUUUUUUCUCUGCUGUUUGACACUUCUUGUGUGAAACAUGAAUAAGUUCUCCAAACCAUGGUUAAAUACAAACCAGUCUAUUUGCCGUGCAAGUUUAUGUUUUUAAACACACAGAAGUCAGCAAUGAUGAAUUAUUUGACAUUAUAGAAAAUAAACUGUAAAAAUAAUCUGUAUGAAUAAGAAUCGCUUGUAAAAAAAUUAAUAAAUUGUCAGUCGGU